AAGGGAAAAUGUGAACAGAGGAGACACUGCCUCUUUUCAUGACCAUCUAACCUUUUGCUAAUCAUCUAUAAUGAUCGAUGGUAUGGGCGUGGAGGAAAUGUUAUGGCUCUGUUAUGUGAAAGAGAGAGAGAAACUAGGAGGUAAUCACCCUUUUUUUUUUUUGCAGAAAUUCUCUGGAACAACACGCACUGAGAGUGACAAGCUCUAGAACAGAAAAACAACUUUUUACGAAAGACAGCCAAACUUUUGUGCAUGCUGGAUUCAGCUAAUCAUGUAAUAUGAAUUGGCAUUGAGGAUUCAGGAAAAAGUAUACCUUUUCUCGACAUCCUUGAACCCGAUAAGAUUUGUAUGACUACAAGCUCUAGCACUCCAACCAGCGCAAUCUCAGCCGCGUAAGUAUAAGUAACAGUGCUACAUGGAUCACAGCCUCAGACAUUUCCCGGUGUGCUCUCGUACCUGUCUGGUGGAUCGUAGUUAGAGACUUGACAGAAAAGAGACGCGUCGUUGAUAACAAGAUACUUACAUUAGGAUUUCCGUGUGCAUUGAUAAUGAGUCUAUUAGGAUUUGCUAAUUACCGGUUACGAAAAAUUGAUUCAGUCCAGUUUGUGCGGCUCUUAUUCUAUUUAUCGGUGGUUAGUAAAAAAAGUGGCAAAGGGGAGGAAGUUGGAGAUUUGGUAAUGACUCCGAGUGGCAGGCAGCAGGUAGUCCAAGAAGGUGCAAAUCUCACGCUAACUUGCACGUAUGAUCACGAAGGUAACAUUUCGUGGACAUUGCCCGACAACCUUGCAAAAUAUCCGUCGGAUGAGGGUAUUGACCGUCUUCGCAAGACGUUUGCCAGCAACAAAACUCAUAUAACAUCCACAAUGAUGGUGAGAAAUGUCCAAACUAUAGACACCGGACAUUACACGUGCAACGUACACUCACCGACACGUUAUCUUCGGCAUAAAAGUCAACAAUAUGUCUACGUUUACAACGAUGUAGAUCUCAUAAUCUUGGACGAAAAACUCUAUCACGAAUACGCUUGCAAACAAGGCGAUUCUAUUCCCAUUCCUUGCAGACCCACACAUCCGAACGUUACGUUCCAUCUCAUCCGCAAUUCUCACAUCACUGCAAAAGGCUACAAGUGGGAACACUCAGAUGUAAGAAUGGCAAGUAGACAAGUUAAAACGAAAAUUACACACAACAAAUUCUCUACAGAACCUGCUUUUGAGCUGAACACAAAAUGGUCUAUGCAACCACAAUGGGGUUUAAUGCUGAAAAAUGCAACCAUCGGUGACUCCGGCCAAUACCAGUGUUUUGGAACAAUGAACAACAUCACCGACUGGGAAUAUUUUCAGAUCUACGUCAAAGGCAUUGAACUAGUCAGAGUUGGCGAAGCAGAUGACCCGCUAGAAGGAAGUAACGUCACGCUCAUCUGCCGCACUCACGCCGAACGUGAAUUAUCCUCGCCUCCGGAAUGGGCUUACCAGCAGGCCAGCGAUAUCGAUGGAAUACUUAAUGUUAUAAACGACACAAACACAUCCGAAGUCAACACAGAGUAUUACAAUGAUCUUCAUUCCCGUCGCUUUAAAACAAUACUCUCCGGCGGAGAACGGGUAUGGAGAUACUACGAAAGCCGAAUAGAACUGAUCGAUUUAACACUAAACGACAAUAUCACCUUUUACUGCAAAGUCAAUAAAGAUAAAGAAAUCAUGUCCAAAACAAUUUCUUUUCGUGUCAAAGAACGAAACGAUAAUUCAAUGAAUAAUUUCGUUCAAUUGGAAAAAGGUAAUGCCAAAAACUUGACAUGUGUGGGAUCACUUCAAAGAAAUUAUAUUCAAUGGCUCAAGGAUGACAAGGAGUACCCAGGAAAAGUUUACUCGUCUGGCAGCUCAUCUACCUUGUUAUUAAAAGGAAUCGUUGAUGAAAGAGGAGAAUACGUUUGUAGGUGGAACAACAGCCUCGGAGAGCUGAGGCACAGAAACUUCACUGUAAUUUUUGCUGGAACAGAAAUUAGCGCAACUACAAUUCCCAUAUCCGUAAACCUGGCAGCUUUAAUAUUUAUAAUCGGGAUCGCCAUCAAACUUUACCUUGAUAAGAAAAAGCCAUCAUUUCCGGGAGCAAAGAAGCUACUUGAAGGCAACGUCAAACAUGUCAGUCAACAAUUGUCAAUGGAAGAGCAAAUUGAGCUGCUACCCUACGAUAAGCGAUGGGAAUUCCCCAAAAAUCGAUUAGCCCUCGGGAUACAAUUGGGCGCUGGAUGCUUCGGCCGAGUUGUCAAGGCGGAAGCAGUGGGGAUUGAAGGCUCGGAUGAACACGUCAAAACAGUAGCCGUCAAAAUGGUACGCACAGAAACUAACGUCGCUGCUUUAGAAGCUUUGGUGAGCGAAAUGAAAAUUCUAAUGCACUUGGGGUCGCACUUAAAUGUCGUCAAUCUCCUCGGAACGUGUACAAAACAAAUCAACAAAGGGGAACUAUUUGUCAUCGUCGAGUACUGUCGCUUUGGUAAUUUACAAACCUAUCUGAUCAACCAUCGUCACGGUUUCAUCAAUCUAAUGGACGAGUUUGGCAACAUGAAAUCGGAUGACGAAAUGCACAAAAUCUUCAGUGAAUACGGCGACGUUGCAGUAACUCGAACGGGCUCUGCAUUGGAAAAGUCGAAAUUUCCUCCUUUUGAAUUCAUUUACGAUCCUCAAGAGCCUAAAUCAUUUUGGCAUUACCAAGAAGAUUCGGACGCUACAUUAAUUCGAUCCGUUACUACUCGAGACUUGAUCUCGUGGUCUUUUCAAAUAGCAAGGGGAAUGGAUUACUUGGCCAGCAAAAAGGUUAUCCACGGCGAUUUGGCGGCUCGCAACGUUUUAUUGGCCGACGACGGAGUCGUUAAAGUGGCAGAUUUUGGGAUGGCUAGGAAAAUGUACUUGGAUAGCAAUUAUGAGAAGAAAGGACAGGGAUUAAUGCCAAUCAGAUGGAUGGCCAUAGAAUCUCUAACGGACCGAAUCUUUUCAAGUCAGUCUGACGUUUGGUCUUACGGAAUUCUUCUUUGGGAAAUUUUUUCCCUAGGAAAAGUUCCCUAUCCAGGAAUGGACGUUAGCCAUCAACUUGUGAAAGAAAUUCAAAAUGGCUACCGGAUGGAGAAACCUGAAAAUGCGACAAAUACCAUUGGGAAAAUCAUGGUGGACUGCUGGAAAAGCGACCCAAAAGAAAGGCCAACAUUCCGCCAAAUUCAGGAGAUGAUUCAGGAUCACAUAGAGACCUCGGUCGGCUCUGAUUAUUGGAGUCUGAACUUUCCCUACGCUAAUCUUAAUUAAGUGGAGCUUAAUGGCUCUGGUACAGACAAUUGUGUGCUGGUAAAACAAUCGACAACAAGACAAAAAAAAAACCCUAGAGCUCAAUCCCUUCCCAAACUGAUCUCCAAUUAGUUAAUUAAAUUAUCAAAACACGUUGAGGAGUUUGAAGCUCGGAAAAAU